AUGGAUAUUUAUAAAUUCAAUAAUAUCGAAUAUUUAAAUGAGGAAAGUUCGAAUCAAGUUCAAAAGAAUGCAUAUAAAAUAUUAAAAGAAAAUAAAAUUAUAGAAAUUUUAAAAGAGUUUGAACCAAUUUUAGCAGGUACAAUACCAAUUGAAAUUGAUAUAAUAGGUUCAGAUUUAGACAUUUGUUGUUGUUGGAAAGAUCAUGAUGAUGAUAAUAAUAAAGAGAAAUUAAUUUCAACAAUAGAGAAAAACUUUUCAAGUUAUAAAGAUUUUAAAAUAAAAAAAAAUCAUAUUGUAAAUGGUGUUGAAACUAUUUUCUCUGAAUUUGAAAUCGAUGGUUUCCAAUUUGAAAUAUUUUGUCAAAAUAUACCAACAAAACAACAAAAUGCUUAUAGACAUAUGAUAAUUGAAUAUCAAAUCCUUUUUGAAAAAGGUGAAUCAUUUAAAAAUGAUAUUAUAAAUUUAAAAAAGUUUGGUUUAAAAACUGAACCUGCUUUUGCAAAAUUAUUAAAUAUAACUGGUAAUCCUUACAUUGAAUUAUUAAAUUAUUAUAAAAACUAA